UGACACUGCAGCUCUCGUUGGCGCGAACCUUGAGGGAGAUGCACUCUCACACCCAGUGCCACCACACGCCGCUGCAACUGCAACAUCCAAGUGACACCGCCGCAAACGCUACUGCCACAAGAGCAGCUACGAUCGCUUCUCGCAGCAGAAGGGGGAGGGGAGGCAUCCUUCGCCUGGGAGCAGCUGCCAUGGUCGUGUCGUCUCUGCCCGCCUCCUACGCCUUCGGUCUAGUAGCGGCCGGCAGCGGCGCAGCUGCCGCUGCGGUAGGCGGGCGCGCCGGGGCCCCUAACCUCACGCGCUGCUUCUCGUCCAGGCUGUCGGCGCUGCCAAAACACAGCGGCAGCCAGUCAACGCCGGGCGGGUUUGACCGCUCGCGGAGACUGAGCGCCUUCGGGGUCUUCGCUGCGGGUAAGGGGCGGACGAUGACUGCCGGCCGCCGCAAUAGCAGGCGGAGCCACGCUGGUCCCCUCCCUUUGUGGACGAGCGCGAAGAGCAGCAGUAGUGCCUUCUACCCCAACGGCUGGAGGGUCCAGGGCGGCGGUGGUGGCCGGGCACGCCGGCGGGGAUUGUGCUCGACAACGAGCGACGUAGCAGCGGCAAGUGAAGGCGGCGGCGGCGGCGGCGGCGGCGGUGCCGCCGUUCCGGCUGCGGUUGCCGAGAAGAAGCCUGCCAAAGCGGACAAAAAAAAGGGCGGCGGCGGCGGCGGCGGCGGGGGGAGCGGGGGGAGCGGGGGCGGGAAGAAAGGAGGCAAGGCGGGCGGGGGGAAGAAGAAGGGGGGUGCCCCGGCAGAGGACACUCCGGUGGCGGAGUUACGCGCGGUUCGUAUCGGGAAGGCGGAGGAGAUACGCGCGGCCGGCGGGAACCCGUACGCCUACAGCUGGGACGUGACCCACUCCAGCAGCGAGCUGCAGAAGCAGUGGGAGGGACUGGAGGCAGGCACCGAGGACGAGGAGGCCGAGGUGUCGGUGGCGGGGCGAAUCAUGGCCCGAAGAGUCUUCGGCAAACUGGCCUUCUUCAACAUGCAGGACUCGGAAGGGUCUUUCCAGCUGUACAUCGACAAGGGGAGGCUUGGUGACGAGUUUAAGGCAAUUCAGGAUCUCAAAACGUGGACCGAUGCGGGGGACAUCGUGGGCGCCAAGGGUACGGUUAAGCGCACCGAUAAGGGCGAGCUCUCGGUAUACGUGAAGAGCUGGGCCAUGCUCUCCAAGAGCGUGCUGCCGCUGCCCGACAAGUUCCACGGACUCAAGGACACUGAGAAGCGGUACCGACAGAGGCACGUCGACAUGAUGGUCAACCCGGCUGUCCGGGACGUGUUCCGGAUGAGGGCCAAGGUGACAUCUUUCAUACGACGAUCUCUCGACGACGACGACUUCCUUGAAAUCGAAACCCCCGUGCUGCAGUCCGUUGCCGGCGGUGCGGCAGCCAAGCCGUUCGCCACCCACCACAACGUGUUGAACAUGCCGCUAACCCUUCGCAUUGCCACGGAGCUGCACCUCAAGCGCCUGGUCGUAGGGGGGUUCGACAGAGUGUACGAGUUGGGCCGCAUCUUCCGGAACGAGGGCAUCAGCACCAGGCACAACCCGGAGUUCACCUCGGUAGAGGUCUACCAGGCCUACGCGGACUACCACGACAUGAUGGAGCUCACGGAGAAGCUUGUGGCCGGCGCCGCCUCCGAAGUGCUGGGCACGACGGCUGUGUCGGGCGGGGAAGAGGAGGGGGCUCCGCCGGAUGUGGACCUGAAGGCUCCGUGGAGAAGAGUGACGAUGAACGACCUCGUUAAGGAAAAGAUAGGCCUGGAUUUCGAGGCUCUGGAUAUGUCCGACCCCGCUGCGGCCCUCGCCAUAGCCAGAGAGGCUGCCCUGAAAGCCGGCGUCCACAAGGCAGCCGGCUUGGAAACCCCGGGGUACAUCUUGAACGAGUGUUUCGAGGAGCUCUGCGAGGCAGACCUGAUUCAGCCAACCAUUGUCAUGGACCACCCCAUCGAGGUGAGCCCGCUCGCGAAGCCUCACCGCUCCAAAGCCGGAUACACGGAACGCUUCGAGGUGUUCGUGCAGGGAAGGGAAAUGGCCAACGCCUUCAGCGAGCUCACCGACCCGGUCGACCAGCGCAACCGCUUCGAGCUGCAGGCCGCUAAGAAGGCUGCGGGAGACGAGGAAGCCUGCGACGUUGACGACGAUUUUCUUGAUGCUCUGGAGCGCGGCAUGCCCCCGACGGCUGGGCUCGGGAUUGGCAUUGACCGCCUCAUCAUGCUCUUGGCAGGGGCGACGUCCAUCCGAGACGUGAUCGCUUUCCCCCUGCUGAGAGCUGACAACAGCGAAGGUGCAGCAGCGGCUGCGGCGGCGGCGGAGAAGGCUUGAUUGUUUUCAUUGCGUUAGCGCUAGGCUCUCCUUGGCACUGCUGUCGGGGGAUGAUCGACCUGGGAGGUGUUGCAACCAAGAGCGGGAAACUGUCGUAUCUACCGUACGUCCUGACACAAGCGCACAAGGGGGAACUUAAUGUGGUUUAGGCCAUCAUAUCAAGGCUAGAGCCACGAUAUGAUACACUAGUUGUCAAGAGGGUUAAGUAACGCCGACUAAAGGAUUUCGCCAUUUUGUGUUAGGAUGCGUGUAAGGUGUAGGGUCUGAGCAUUUUGCUUCAGAGAGAUCGCGACAGGCUGUAUUUUGAACUCUGACCUGGCACUACAUGAUCGCAGGUCGAUAUGCAGACCAUGCUUUGUUUUGUGUUACUACGUUCAACACAGGUGAGUGAGGAUAGGAUUCAUCUCUGCUUUGGAGAACGGAAUGUAGGCAGCUACUGGCUGUAUUCAUUUUGCGGUUCACCUACGCCCAAAGAGCAACUAAAUACCGUAUAUGACACAAGAUAACACCCCCCUUGACCGUUUUUCGAAGCUCGAUUUCUCAACUGCCGGAACAGUCACAGCGCCGAAAACGGCGGCGUUGAAACCGUCUCGUCGAGAGCUUUUCGAAAAUGUAUCGUUUCGUUUAUGCAUCCUCUUGGUCGUGGAGAAAUCGAGCUGUGAAAAUCGGUCCAGGGGUUAGGUUAUCUUGUGUCAUAUAUGGUAUAUAUAUCGUCUCGUAGCAAAAGAAGCGAACGUACACAAGUAAGGGUCCUCGGCGGUAUUCAACUCCUCUGGACGCUGGUGGUGUACACUUAGGCCAGUUGUUCGUGAUACAAGUGGUCGCCGCCCUCCUCCCGGCCCCUCUUUUUCUUUACUUUUUCUUGGGGUGUCAUUUUUUCCCCUUCCGUUACAGUGGCGGCCCCUCAGAGCCGCCGGUAUGUGCCGGACAGAUGCACCAGUUUCUCCUGCCAGGCACCGGGCACCAUCUAGUCAGAGGAUGAGGAGACAACUUGAAGAACACAUCAAUUUGGGAAGCCGCCGAGGCACACGGCACUCAAUCUAGUAGUCAGAGGACGAGGAGACACCUUUGUUGAUAGCUAAGGUUCCAUCGGUGCCACGCCAUUUUCACCGGCGCAGUAUUCCGGGCGGUGGCACAAUUCAACCGGCACUCUUGAGGGACCGCUACCGUGCUCGACCAGUAUAGUCUGAUGCCAAUUUUUCACAACGUUCUCUUGAUAAGAAGCGCUUUGCAAGUAAGUUAGGCCGCACUCCCUUAAAAGACAAGACUAACCAAAAACGUGACGCGCUUGCAUGUGGUAUGCACGCCGUAGGCAGAAAAUCGGAAGCACCAACCAACCACGAACACACAUCACACAGCACCCGAGUACGCUCGUCUCAAACCGAAGCACUCUGGGAGAUGAUGGUGAUGAAUUCGUCAUCGGCACCAACCGCCGCGUUUAUUGGCUCAACGACAAAGCUCGUGUUUAUUCGUCCUACACCCCCUUCUCGCGUUUUCCAGAGCUGGUCUUGUCGGGCUCGCUGUGUUUCACCCGCACAACGGCUGCAGAUUUUCACUGCUGUUGUCGAGAGUCCAGAGAGGUCGUAACAACUGGAAAACCUUUGGCGCCUGAUGCCGCAGCGUGCGUUUGGAUGCUUGUCCCGCCUAAAGGCGAAGCACUAACUGGCGAACACCAACCAUACACAGCAUGACUUGUACCCUUCCUUCACAGGUACCAAAUAGCUCUAGGCUAUGCCCGCUAGCAAGAAACGAGACCAACGGGAGGCGAGAGUCAUGCACAAAACUCUUGGUACGUACAAUUACUACGCGACAAUCCUGAUCGGAUAGAAAAUAGAAACGAAAAGAUAACUCAAUAAACGCUAUAUAGCUAUCUACGUAGAUUACGCUUCCCCUAAUCGCUGUUCUCUACUCUCCCCCGCGUGCUCGGCAGCAAAACGACACACCUCGCGAAAAAUAUUACUUGGUGCGGCUGAUAGACUAUAGUAGCCCUGAAAUUAAACGUAGAAAUACAGUGUAAGUGAAACAUGCAAUAUGCAUACACAACAUGUUGAAUUUCAUCAUUAUCACGACUGACUCGAGUAUCCUGGAAUUUUUUCUCUCUUCCUUCCCUACGGAGAGACAUUGUUGAAAAUUGUUCUUAUUCUCAGAAGCAACUACAAGGUUCGAGGCGAGGGGCACAGUCAUCUGUGCUGGGCCGCGCAAUCCGCGGGGGCCCCUCCCUGCCACCACACCAGGGUUAAAGUUUCCGACAGGCGAACCAUGUCUCUAUUCGGGAGCGGGCCCAUAUUCAUAAACACUGGCCGCCGCCCCUCUUGCCCCGCGGAUCUUACAGACGACACUUACUCACUCCUGAUACUGUUGAGGGCCUACCGCAAUACAACGCUACCUAGGCAGCACACAGCAGUGACGGCGGCAUUUAAAACUCAUAAAACACGUAGAUAUGUCAGACGCACGCACGCACGCACG